UCUCCCUCCACUCACUCCCCGCGUUUCCUUCAUUUCCCCAAAUUCACCAUUUCAAUUUUCAUCCACCCUUAUUUUACCCCUGAAUUCACCUCGCAUUCUUCAACCCUCCUUCUCCAUCACUGCAGUCACUCCGCUGCUUCCGUCGCAUCGCUGCUGCCGUCACUCCGCUGCUGCCGUUGCACCGCUGCUGCCAUCGCUUCGUCUCUUUGCACCGUUGUUGUUGCUGCUCAAUCAAAAUUAAAAACAAGUUCGCAGGGAAAAGUGGAGCCAAAAUUGUUUGUAUAUGCUACUAUGAGCAGGAAAACAACUGUGGCUUUGUGUUUUGUGAUCACAAAGAGAAUGGCAUCCACUAAUGAGACUGAAAAUCUGGGUGAGAGUGAUACUGUGAAGAACCUUAAACAUGUUGAGAGGAAGCUUCUCAGAUGCAAUGUUCCUGUUGAUGAGCUUCCUGAAGUGCUUGAUAAUCUGGACCUGGUACUAUCAACAGUCAAUCAAUUACCAAGUGAGCCAAUUCAGGAAGCACUUGUACCUUCCAUGAAAGCAUUGAUUUCUGAUGAACUUCUAAGGCACACAGAUGAGGAUGUUAAGAUUUCGGUUACAUCUUGCAUUGCUGAGAUUACAAGAAUUACAGCCCCGGAUACCCCUUACGACGAUGAACAGAUGAAGAUUGAGGUCUCCAAGAUGCAUUUGGAAAGUGGGGAUAUUGGGACACCAAAUGGGGCAUUGGAAGAAGCUAAGGCGUUGAAUUUAAGGAUGAAGCGUAGUUGGAACCUAAGCAGCAAAGAUAUGUUGUUUAGAGCUAAUAAGAUUGAUCUCAAGAGUUUGGAUGAUGAGCUAGAAAAGCACCUUACAAGGGUUCUGUCUAGACAUAUUGAUGCCAAAAGGCCUAAAUAAGAGUGGGAGAUUGAUUGUUGGAAUAUUAUUUGUCAUACUAAUCAGAAUGAAUGAUAUUUGGUCCCCCACCCCCUUCUUUUGCAAAAUGUAAUGAUUGGUAUUAAUUCACAAGGUCAUGGUCUGAAUUUUUGUUUCUAGACUUUGAUAUACUUGGUUUCUUGUUUUUAUUUAUAUUAGUCCAAACAAAGUAAAUUCAUUCUUCGUUUCCCAAUUAUGGAAUAUGUGCAAGUGGAGGAGCGACUAGUCUCUGUGGAUGAAUUGCUAGAUGCUGAUAAGGUCUUCUGCACAGGGACAGCUGUGGUUGUGUCACCUGUAGGCAGUGUUACUUAUCUUGGCAACAGGGUAUCCUAUGGAGAAGGUAUUGGAGCAGUGUCCCAGCAACUCUAUAGUGUCCUUACAAGACUACAGAUGGGUAUUACAGAGGAUGUGAUGAAUUGGACUGUUGAGCUGAGAUAGGCACAUAAAGAAAUAGCUGGCACUGCAUCUUCGCUGAAAUCCCGUGCAAAUCUCCAAUCACUAGAACUAGUUCUUUUAAAAUUUUGCUUUUGGAUAUGAUUAGUUCUUGUGGAUAGUCACUGGGGUGUGUGUAUUACUUUUAAAAAAAAUAUUUUUAGUGAUUAUAUAAUAGAAUAGCUAGCAAUGCUUUCAGCCUUUUUUUGGUAUUGAACACACCACAUUCUUAAGAAUUAUU